CGGCGGCCACUUCCGGGGAGGCCGUGAGCGAGGCGGAAGUGCGGUCUCCUCAGGCUGGCUGUCUCUGGGAGGGCGGAGGGAGGCUCUCUAGGCGAGGGCCGGGAUGGCGGCAGCGGCGGCCGGAGCCGGGGCUGGGGUGUGCCAGGAGAAGCAGUUCCCGCCGGCGUUGCUAAGCUUCUUCAUCUACAACCCGCGCUUCGGGCCGCGCGAAGGAGAGGAGGAAAAUAAAAUUUUGUUUUAUUAUCCAAAUGAAGUAGAAAAGAAUGAAAAAAUUAGAAAUGUCGGAUUAUGUGAAGCUAUUGUGCAAUUUACAAGGACCUUUAGUCCAUCAAAACCUGCAAAAUCUUUACAUACACAGAAGAAUAGACAGUUCUUCAAUGAAGCAGAAGAGAAUUUCUGGAUGGUCAUGGUUGUUCGGAAUCCUAUAAUUGAAAAGCAAAGUAAAGAUGGAAAACCAGUUGUUGAGUACCAAGAGGAGGAAUUGCUGGACAAGGUUUACAAUUCAGUGCUGCAACAGUGCUACAGCAUGUACAAGCUGUUUAAUGGUACAUUUGUGAAAGCCGUGGAAGAUGGAGGUGUCAAGCUCCUAAAAGAAAGAUUAGAAAAAUUCUUCCAUCGGUAUUUGCAAACGUUGCAUUUGCAGUCUUGUGAUCUGCUUGACAUUUUUGGUGGAAUCAGCUUCUUCCCAUUGGAUAAAAUGACUUAUUUGAAAAUCCAGUCGUUUAUUAAUAGAAUGGAGGAAAGCCUGAGUAUAGUCAAAUACACUGCCUUUCUCUAUAACGAUCAACUCAUCUGUGUGUCUGUCCUCUGGCCUAGAACACCAUCAUCCACGAAGAAUAUAAUGAGCGGAUUAGAGCAGGAGGACAUGAGAAUGUUAUACAAAUACCUCACCACGUCUCUAUUCCCGAGGCACAUGGAACCUGAGGUAUGCUUGGAUGCUGAAUGCCCUCUCUCUGCCCCUCUGUAUUUGGCGGGAAGGGAUUCUCCAAUAAGGUCAGAAAUGCCAGGAAAUCUACAACAUUAUGGAAGAUUUCUUACUGGACCCUUGAACCUUAAUGAUCCAGAAGCAAAAUGCAGAUUCCCCCAAAUUUUUGUGAACACAGAUGAAACUUACGAGGCACUCCACUUAAUUGUUUAUAAGGCCAUGAGCGCUGCUGUGUGUUUUAUGAUUGACGCCUCUGUACAGCCUACGUUGGAUUUUUGCCGAAGACUGGACAGCAUUGUCGGGCCCCAGCUCACAGUGCUGGCAUCUGACAUUUGUGAGCAAUUUAACAUCAACAAAAGAAUAUCUGGGUCUGAGAAGGAACCCCAGUUUAAGUUUAUCUACUUCAACCAUAUGAACUUAGCAGAGAAAAGUACAAUUCACAUGAGGAAAACACCCAGUGUGUCACUUACAUCUGUUCAUCCAGAUUUAAUGAAGAUUUUGGGUGACAUCAACAGUGAUUUUGCUAGGGUAGAUGAAGAUGAAGAAAUCAUUGUGAAAGCAAUGAGUGAUUACUGGGUUGUCGGGAAAAAGUCUGACCAGCGGGAACUCUAUGUUAUUCUGAAUCAAAAAAAUGCAAACCUGAUUGAAGUAAAUGAAGAGGUAAAGAAACUUUGUGCAACGCAGUUCAAUAACAUAUUCUUCUUGGAUUGAUAAUUGCUCGCCAAAACGUCUUUUAGAAAACAAAAAACAACUCAGCAAGCAUUUUGUUUACUACUGCAGGUUAUUGGUCAUAUUAGUGACUGGAUUAAUGACAAUAGUAAAGCAAUAGUUGCUCUGAAGAAUCAAAUUUCUACUCAGUCCGAUGAUCCCAAGGUUUUUAGAUUUUACAUAUUUAUCCGGAAGCAAUUAAGGUAGUCGGUUACAUCUCUGUCAUUCCAUUCUUUUGACAUUAUGUGAAUAUUUUACUGGAAAAUAAGACUAA